UGGUGGGUUUUUUUGCGCACCCCUCUCUGUGCCCCUGAGCCCCCCCUCCUCCCCCCCCCGCCCCAUUCCCCCAGGCUGACCAAUCCAAGCCACCACAGCUGAUCUCCAGGGAGACAAUGGAAGUCCAGUUCCUCUCCUCUCGCCCCCCUGACCCUCCUCCAAUCAGGGUUUACCAUUGUGCAAGUUCUCGGCUCCCCCGACCUCCCCGCCCCUCCCCCCCAUGCCGGGACUCGCUCCGCGCGGGGCGGCGUUGCGCUCGCAGCCCGGCUCCGACUCGAGGUCCUUAUUAAGGGCCGGGGCUGGGCCGGGGCUCACAUUCCCCGCCGGGCUCGGACGCGGCUCCCCCGCCCGGCUCCUUCCCCAGCCAUGCGGCUCCCCGCGCUGCUGCUCUGCGCGCUCUGCUGCGCCGCGCGCGCCGGGGCCGCCGGCGACUACGACCUCCUCUACGUGAACCUGGACAACGAGCUGGACCCCGCGCACCUCCCCACCGAGGACCCCACGCCGUGCGACUGUCGCCGGGAGCCUUCGGAGUGGGACAAGCUGUUCACCAUGCUGGAGAACUCGCAGAUGCGGGAGGCCAUGCUGCUGGAGGCCACCGACGUGGUGCUCCGCGGCGAGCUGCAGCGGCUGCGCGCCGAGCUGGGCCGGCUGGCGGAGGGCGCGGCGAGGCCGUGCGCCGCGGGCCCCGGGGAGGCCCGGCUGAGCCGAGCGCUGGACGAGCUGCUGCAGGGCAGCCGCGACGCGAGCCGUCGGCUGGCGCGCCUGGAGGGCGGCCGCGCGCCGCGCCCGGAGCCCGGGGCCCAGGCGGAGGCGCCGGCGGAGGCGGAGGCGGCGGCCGGGCGCGCCCUGGGCGCGGUGCUGCGGGAGCUGCGGGAGACCCGGGCGGAGCUGCAGGCGGUGCGCCGCUGGGCGACCCGGCACCGGCUGCCCGCAGGUUGUGAAGUAGCCAUCUUAUUCCCCAUGCGUUCUAAGAAGAUUUUUGGAAGCGUGCACCCAGCGAGACCCAUGAAGCUGGCGUCCUUCAGCGCGUGCCUUUGGGUCAAAGCCACCGAUGUCUUAAACAAAACCAUCUUGUUUUCCUAUGGCACAAAGAGGAAUCCGCACGAGAUCCAGUUGUACCUGGGCCCCGGGUCCCUGGAGUUGGUGGUGGGGGGCGAAGAGCAGAAGCUGGUGGCUCGGAUGGCGGUUCCCCUGGGCAGGUGGACUCACCUGUGCGCCACGUGGGCGUCCCAGCGCGGACGCGCGUCCCUGUGGGCGGACGGGCAGCGGCUGGCCACCGCGGCGGAGCUGGCCGCGAGCCACCUGGUUCCCGAGGGGGGCGUCCUCCAGAUCGGCCAGGAGAAGAACGGCUGCUGUGCGGGCGGCGGCUUCGACGAGGCGCUGGCCUUCUCCGGCAGGCUCACCGGCUUCAACAUCUGGGAUCGCGUCCUCAGCGAGCAGGAGAUCGGCCAGGCGGGCGGGGAGGAGUCCUGCCACCUCCGCGGGAACGUGGUCGGGUGGGGGGUCACCGAGAUCCAGCCCCACGGAGGCGCGCAGUACCUCUCCUAGGGACGGAGCCGUGCGCUCCGGAGGGGCCCCGGAGGCCGGGCGGGCUUCAUCUCGGCCAAGCGCGGAGGGCCUCGGAGAGGACUUGCGGAGAGACUGCGCUGGGCUCGGUGCCACCGUCCUUUCUGAUGCCCGACAGACAGCCCACCUCGCCCGCCAUUCAGAAAGGCUGUGUCGUGGGACAGAAGGGGAACGAAUGGUUUCAGCUUCCUUUGGUUAAUUUGUUUUGGCCAGUGAUGUCUUUUAGGUUGGAAGGAAUACAAGAUGAGAUGGGUAGGCUGUGGUUGGUUCUUACGGCUCUGUACCUUACUAGGAAAACAAGGAUGGCAACCCCUGGGUCUUCGUAUCACACGGUGACUUCGUGUAACAAACACGAAGGUCGUUCAUGGGUUAUGACCGAGGGUGGCUUUUUGAGAACAUAGUUAUGUAAGUUAUAUUGUAAAAUGAGUUUGUAUUAAUUUUAUUUUUAUAAGACUCUGCUGUAAAUAAAAUGUUUU